UGUCUCGGAUCCAAAUGGACAGCCAUGGAGCGCACUUUUGGAUGGCGCCACCACGAAGCUCGAGCCAAGCAGCGGACGUGAAGGAGAAGUCACCGUUCCGGUGUCAAGCCGCGUGUCUUGCAGUGGAUGUAUAUCUGCAUCCUGGCUAACCAAAGCCCAAGAACGUCAACUUUCCGUUUCAAGUUGGAAUUUUUGGUGACCAUCCGACGGUUGCAGAGGUACUCUUGUAACUUCGCUAAUUUUCCGUUCACAGGAAAGGGGGACAUCAUUGCUUUGGGAACUGAUGGCCUUUUUGACAAUCUCUUCAACGACGACAUAACCGAAGUUCUUAAAAAUUCUCUUGGGUCCGACCAAGUCAACUUGAAGGCAGCUGCAGCAGACCGUGUAGCUGGGGCUCAGGCCGAGCGUUUGGACAGCCCGUUUGCCAGGGCGGCUGCAAAGGCGAGAAUGAAUUGGAGCGGUGGAAAGCUAGAUGAUACCACGGCAGUUGUGGCGUUUGUGACGUGAUAUUAAGGGUAAACUUUUCAACCAGUUUUUGUGGAGGCCAGUGGAGCAGGGCAAGAAGGCAUAAUUUGGCUCACACCACUCCUCCUUGCAGCUUUCCUGAGCCUCAACACGGACGGAAAUCCCACUUUGUCAACUGAUGAUUUGGUACUGAUGAGCUGAGCAGCUGCCGCUGCCAAUGAAGCAUGCAAGCAGCAUAAAGAUUGGCAAGAUGUAGCCUCUCAUUCUCAUGAUCAAAAGGUCACCCCCUGGUUGAUGGAAAA